AUGAUUCCUCCCUGCGACCCCUCAAUUCUUGAGCAUAACCCUCAAUUCAAGCGACUAUAUGAGAAUCUAACAACCUCCAUCCUCAAUCCAGAUGCUUCAACGCGUGCUCAAAGUGCAAGCCCAGCCCGCACAGCGGUGGUGGAAGAGCUGAAGCAAUGCCAGACUCAAAAUGCUAAAAAGCGAAUCAAGGAGCAAAUGCUCCGGCAAUUGGCCUUCGUCCCAGACAGCAACCUACCCGCGGAGUGCCAUGAUAAUCUUGCUAUAAUAACCCUCUAUCUCGAGACACCAUCCAGCGCAAUCGAAUCCAUCAUACCAAAGCCAGAAACCGACCCCAAGAAACCAGACGAAGCACUCACCCUCUUAGCACCCGACAUCGAAGCCUUCUAUACCAACAUCCCAGCUUUCAUCUUGCCUUUCUCAAAAGCCCUAUCAUCUGCAAUUCAAGAUCUGCGCGCUCUAUCAACCGUAAACACAGACCCAGCCGCCGCCAACGCAGACACCCCCGCCCCACAGCACUCGAACCAUAACGCACGCGCCCGAGCGCGAGACCGCCGAGUUCGUACCUCGAUGGCACCAGUACCAACGCUCUCUUCGCAGUUGCAGGCGCGGGUACGCGCGCUGCGCCACGCACAGCUGUCCGAGCUGCCAGUCGCUCGGCGGAAGAUGGCUGCUACGGCGGCGGCGGAGGUUGUUGCCGCGCGGGCGCGAGUCCUGGAGCGCACUGUUGUAAUUCUGGAGCGGGCGAAGCACGGGGCUCUGGCGCGCGCGACGAAAGCCAAGGCGGAGCAUUUGGCUGUUGUUGCGCAGGGCGUGGAGGGGAAAUUAGAGGUUACGAAACUGGAAAUUGCGGCUACGCUCUAUACACCGGAAACACUUGCUGCUCUUGCUCGGUAUAGGCAGCAUCUGAGGCAGACGAAGGAACGCUUGCAGCACCGCCGGAAGAUGACUGUUCAAGAGCUGAGAGCUUAUGGCGAUGUGGAGAUGUCUGAUCCGGCUACCGAUAUUCCUCCUGAUGAAGGCACUUUUGAGGAUAUUGCUCGUCGGUAUGGGGUUUUGGCGAGAGAAGUUGAAGAAGUAAAGAUGGAAAUUGCACGGUUGGAGACAUGA